AUGACGAUACUACUUUUGAAAGGUUUUAUUAAUCUACUUGUUAAAGGUUCACAAACAAACACAAGUUUAUCAAGUGAUACAAAUGCAAGUAUAGAACAAGAGCGUUAUUUUGAUGCUAUUGUUAAAUUAACACUGACAAAAAUGUCAUUUUCAUCAGAUCUUGGUGAUGAUGAUGAACCUGAAUCAACUGAUAUAAUACCAUGA